AUGGCAUCGAGUUCACGUUUUUAUGAAAAUGAGGGUCGUUCUUUAUCUAGGGCACCAUUCUUUGAUGGCACCGAUUAUGCAUAUUGGAAAACAAUGAUGGAAGAUUUUUUAACUGCAUAUAGUCUUGAUUUGUGGGAAAUAGUUAGAGAUGGUCCAUAUGUCCCUAAGGAAAAGGUAAAGAGAGGAGAAGUAGAAGAGAUAGUAGAAAAGAGUAGAGAUAAGUACACGGAUGAAGAUAAGAGAUUAAUUGCUUUAAAUGCUAAGGCUAAGAGUGCAUUUCAUUGUGCUUUAAGUAGAUCUGAAUUUAAUUAUGUACAGUGUUGUAAAUCUGCUUAUGAAAUUUUGAAGAAGUUAGAGUUAAAAUAUGAAGAUUUUGAAAAGGUGCAAAAGGUUCUAAGAUCUUUACCGGAGGCAUGGGAUCCAAAGGUGACAGCCAUUCAAGAGGCCAAGGAUACUAAGAAGUUGUCACUAGAUGAACUAAUGGGUUCACUAAUGACACAUGAGCUUACUCUCAAAAACAGGUAUAAAAACAAAGAAGAUUCUUUAAAAUCUAAAUCAAUUGCUUUACCUGUUGCACAGGAAUCCAAUGGAGAGGAGGAUUUAGAAGAGGAGAUUGCCAUGUUGGCUAGGAGGCUUCGAAACUUUAUGAAAAAGAAUAAAAGGAGUUUCAGCAAGACUAAGCCCGUAGAAGCCUCAAAUGAAAAGAAAGUGGAGGUUACUUGCUACAAGUGUGGUGUGCUUGAAGGCCAAAGGUACUUCAAGCCAAUGAUUCUUGGACAGCGGAUGUUCAAGGCACAUGACUGGAAAUGCCACCUUAUUUUCGUCUCUUAA